UGUCGCACGGAUUUCACUUGAACUCUACCAAAGCUUUUCUCUCAGCGGUCCACCGUGGUACCGAUCGGUUGUUGUAUUCAUAUGCAAAAUGAAUAACAAAACAUAGCCAUUCCUCCAAUGAGAACCCAGGGAUUUUGACCCGAUGGCCAAAGAUUCGCAUUAUUAAAAGGCCUCAGCACCACGCUCGUUCAGUGCAGUUUGUCAGCAAAUCUAAUCAUGGCACUUGCGUUGCGUCAAGUUUGUAAAGAAACAAAGAAGCAACUUUCCAAAACAUUCUACUUUGCCAUGGAAAGGAAGACUGGUAUUGUGCCUACCUGUAAAAUUGUCGGCUCAGACAAGGAUACGUUAUGUGAAGGCAGUAUCGAUCGUAACUGUUAACUGGCAAGGGAAAAAAGUACAGGCCAAAAUUCUGGCAUUAUGUGGUAAGUUCAACUUCCAUGUUUUCUGUCUCGAAUGUGAUCUUAGUGAAAUUUAGGCUACAGUUUCUAAGUAGUUUUCAUGCUAAAUGAAUAGGGUAAUGAAGUUGUGGUAUUUAACAUUCCGAUAAAAAAUAGGUUUUAUGUAGCUUUCAUUGUUACUAAAUCUUCAUUGUUGUUGAGUUAUCGAGAGUUGAGGAGAUUGGCGAGUACGUCUCUGCAAAUUUACAGUUUGUGCUAUCAUCGCCAAAGAUUCGAGAGUUAUUUUGUACUUCAUCUACAUUGAUCGAUUUAGUAAAACAUCAAUUUUUCGAGUCAAACAUUGUGUGCGAUCAAAGCAUGACACUUUCUAUGUUGCUCUGAGAGCUAGCAACGUCAUACCUGUUAUACUAUGCAUUCGUUUAACAUACGUUAAACCAUGACUUUGAUUUUUUGCAGAUCAUGAAGAUGUCCUUUGCAGUAAAGACAGAGAAUGGUGUAGGCUAAAUCUGCCAGAUGCCUUGGAGCCCCCUUCUGACGAUGUUGAAGAAGAGCUACCCAGGAAAAAAUUCAAGAACACCCAACCCCAGGAAAAUAAAGAAUCCCCCUCAACAGCGAAUCCCAGCCUCGCACAGAAUCCGUAUGCGUCAUUCUUGGCAGAACAACGGCAGAGGGAAAUAAAGUGGGCCACUGAUCGAGAAGCCAAAAGGACAAGAGAAGAACUGAAUGAGCACAUGGUAGAAAUCCAUUCCUUAAAGGAACAGCUGCAAGCAAAAAACAGAGAGUGUGAUCUUCUAAAGAAUCAGUUGGAAAAGACUAAUGCAGUGGUGACAGAAAACCAUGGUCAAAAAUGGCGGAAGAUCAUAGUGUCAGAACAUCUUAAAAGAGUCUUUAGGGCACAAGACAUCCACACAUACCACGAGCCUAAUUACAACACGCUGAGGUCCAUCUUAGUCCAUCCAAAAGACAGGACACCAACUGAAAAGGAGACGGGCGUGGUAUACGACAUCACAUGCAACGAUUGCAGAGAGCAUUACAUUGGCGAGACAGCGAGAACUCUGGAGAAGCGACUGGGUCAACAUCAGAAACAAACAACAUCUGCAAUCUGGGAACACCAGUCUCAGGCCAACCACGAGAUCGACUGGGAAGGAGUCAAGAUUCUUGAUAAAGAGUCGGUCUCUGUAGGUGAAGGAAUUAUCCGCACCUGCAUGACUCCAGACAAAGUAAAGGAAGUGGAGGUGAUGCAGAAAGUGGAGAAGCAAAGGCACCUUUGCGCUCUAAAACUUUUGCAUUUUUUUUUCUCAAAAGAAGAGCUGAAUAUGAGUAAUACAGAGGGAACGCAUGGAAAACAGAGCUUGGAUAAAAACAAACUGAACAGUUUGAAAGCAAUAGUGUUAGCAAAGUUUUCCGCAGAGUCGUCAGAGGAAAAAGAGAAAAUUUGGCGGGGUAUUAAGGGCAAGAUUGAUACUAAGUGUCAGUUAGCAAGUUGUUAGUCACCACGAGUGAUAGUCC